CUCGACUAUCGAACGUGACGACCGCUAGCGUAUCAGACCGCCAAACUUUAUACACAAUAAUGGGCGACAAGCGUUUCACGGAGGCGGAGGUGGCGGCGCACAGCGGGCAGGACGGGCGAGCGGCGUGGAUCGUAUACCGCGACGGGGUCUACGACGUUACCGCCUACGUCGCUGAGCACCCCGGCGGGGAGGUGCUGCUGGAGGAGGCGGGGCGCGACGCGACGGCCGCCUUCGACGACGUCGGCCACAGCACUGACGCCCGCGCCGUCCUGGCCAAGUACAAGGUCGGCGAACUCGUCGAGGAAGAGAAAAAGUAUGACGCCAACGGCAAAAAAAAGAAGAGGAUAGUCAAUGUACCAGCAGACAAGCCCGAAGGACGAAGCUGCAUCAACGUGGUCACUUGUGGCCUAUUAGGGUGACCGGUGAUAUAAUUAAAAUUAAUUAAUGUAAUUAUUAAGUGUUACUGUGUACAUAAGUAUUAAC